AUGUAUGUGAAAUGCUUUGAUACAGUAAUGUUUUACUAUGUGAUUUUAGUGUAUUCAGUGAAUGUCCCUUUUUCACAUUUUUACAUUUCCUGCCGUUCCGUCCCCGUACGUCCCGAAGUCGCAGGGAACGGAACCCAGAAGACAGAUGCCGGCAUUGGCCGGGGACACUGCAGGAGGGACAUCAUGGGAGCGAAGGACAAGGUCAGUGAAGAAGAGAUCCCGGAGCAGCGCUGCAGGGUAUUCCCGAGUGUAGCUUGGGGUUACUGCUUGUGCUACACUCGGGAAUACCUCCAGGGAGGUUAAGCU